AUGGGUAGGAUGACUUCCACACAGGCGGCCAGGAUGCUCAACAAGCUUCCCCGUGGUACGCGAAGUGUGGCCACACAUAUCCGCUCAGGCCACUUCCCUACUGCCAAGUCUUACCGAUUCCGAUUCAAACUGUCCGACUCACCACUUUGCAGCAAGUGCAAUGAAGUAGACAGUAUCACAAACAGGAUUUUCAGAUGUAGGAAGUUCGAUCAAGCAGGAUUAUUUUUGAGGAGGAGGAUAUAUGGACUGGGGUUAAGGUUCGAGAUGAAAUAUAUGCUUUCAAAUGAAGAAGCUCUCAAAUCUCUCUACGAGUUCUUCAAAAACCAGCACAGCACCCACCCGCCCGCCUCCGGUAGCUCCACGUAG